AUGGAGAAGGCGCUGGUGGAGCGGCUGGAAGUGGCGGUGGCUCGCCUUGAAGCGCUUUCAGCUGGAUCGCAGCUGUCGAUCGAGGCGGAUGAGCAGCAACCUGUUGAUCCGGCGGUGAAGGCAUUCGAUGAGCUGAGGGAGAGGUCCCUCGGCAGGUUAUCGGCAGCGGGAGAGAAGAUCGGGGGGAAGGUUCUCGAGGCGACGAAGAUACUGGAGGAGGCUUUCUCCGUGCAGAGGGACCUCCUUGUUAAGGUCAAGCAGAGCAAGGUCGGUGCUCGUUGGCUGUAAUGCCAUUAUUCUCCCCAGAGGACCUCCAUCUCGUUGUUUAGUUCUUAGGUUUCGGUGGUCAUUGCGCUGAUCUCGUGCAUUCGGUUGUAGCUAAGGCUCUGGAUUGCUGAAAUUUUAUUUGAUCUGCUUCCGCUUCUCUUCUCUUCUGAUCGUUUUUGUCUCAGAGUGAAAUGCUUCCUUCGUGAUCUGGCUUUAUCACUUUGCAAUCCUUUACUAUUCAAAUCAGUCUCUGUUAAAAUCUAGUGGGCACUUUCCUUGAGUCUGACGUUGUCGUUAAACCAAUGAUGCAGAAACCUGAUACCCCAGGGUUGAUAGAAUUUCUGAAGCCACUAAAUGAAGUCAUCGGGAAAGCAAAUGCGCUGACGGAAGGAAGGCGUUCUGAGGUCUUCAACCACUUGAAGAGUGCUGCCGACAGUCUUACAGCUCUGGCAUGGAUUGCCUACUCUGGCAAAGACUGUGGUGAGUGAAGGUUAUACCUUGUCUUCUUGCGUAGAUCUUUCCUUGUGUUCCUUCUGUCGAACAUGACGCAUUAUUUAUGCUUAUAUUUUCUUCCAUCCUUUAUUUUUUCAUUCUAAGGCAUGAGUCUUCCAAUUGCACACGUUGAAGAGAGUUGGCAGAUGGCUGAAUUCUACAAUAACAAGGUGUGCAACAUUUUCUUUCAUUGUUUCGCCCAUACUGCAUGCUUAACGUGCUAAUUUUUGCUUUAAUGGUGCAUUAUCAACUAUGUAUAACAGCUUUAGCCGACUGAUUACCUAAAAUUCUCGCAAUAAACUAUUUAUAAACAUAUAAAAAGAAUCUGUUGCCCAAUUCAUGGUAGUGUACGAUUUUGUUCCUAUUCAAAAUCGGCUUGUUGGUUUUUCACUGGAAUCAGGUAUGAGGAUUGCCAGACAAUCAGCCUGCGAUCACCUUGGAAACCUUUGCGUCUUAGUUUUUAAGUAAAUAACUCGAGGGUUAUACAACAGCUCGUCUAUGUAUAUAUAUCAGUCUCGCCGAGUUCACUAGAGACCAAAUGCUCGUACAUUUUCCUUGUUUCUAUCCCUUCCCUAUGAACAUGUCAAUUACAAUUACUUUGGUUUUACUGAUUGCUAAAUGAAAAUAAUACUUUUUAAUAUUAUCUAAGGGAAAACGUAGCUUUACCCUUAACAUCGCAACAUAUUUGUAAUUUUUCUUUUCUUUUUACUGUGCAUAAAAAAUUUCCCUAUGAUAUUUUAAUAUUAUCUAAUGGAAAACGUAGCUUUUCUUUUUGUGUGAUGCCCGGGGGCACAUUGAUAAAAUGAAUUAUUGGGCUUAUUUUGAUUUUUACGCCACUAAUUUUCUCUGAGUUGCAAACAUAGGAAGUUAGACAUCGUCCAGAAAAUGUUCGCUGCUUACUACGAUGCCUGCAUAUUCUGAAAGAACGAAACGAUUUUGGGGUAGUGGAUUUUUUAGUUUGCAUUUUAUUUUGCAGAUCCUUGUGGAGUACAGAAAUAAGGAUGCAAACCAUGUGGAAUGGGCAAAAUCCCUGAAAGAGCUUUACCUGCCCAGUUUACGGGAUUUUGUGAAGUCUUUUUAUCCGCUGGGUCCUGAGUGGGGUGCUGCGGGCAAGGCUCUAGCUUCCGGUUCUAUUUCUGCUUCGGCAGCGAAACCCAUCCAGACAAAUGAUCCUCCGCCACCUCCUCCUCCUCCAUCUGGACCACUUUUUAGCUCCGAAGCUGCACCAUCACAACCGAAAGGAGGGAUGUCUGCUGUAUUUCAGGAGAUUAGCUCGACCAAGUCUGUAACAGCUGGUAUGAUGUCUCUUUGUGGAAAACAACAUUUCGAAUUGACAUCUUUUAGGCUCCGUUUUUUAUGGAAAUAUUUCUUGCAGGCCUGAGAAAGGUAACCGAUGACAUGAAGUCCAAAAAUCGGAGUGACAGAGGUGGAGUCGUUACAUCAAGUGAAAAGGAAUUACGAACCAGUCCAUUGUCGUUCUCUAAAACAGGGCCGCCAAGAUUGGAGCUUCAGAUGGGUCGCAAGUGAGAAAACUUGGAUGAAUGCAUGAAAUUAAUGUUUUGAUUUCUCAAGAAGAUACUUCACGCCCGAUUUAUUUCAUCAUGGCUUCAUUCGGCAGAUGGGCUGUGGAAAACCAGAUCGGAAAGAGGAAUCUGGUCGUUGAUGAUUGUGACACAAAACAGUCUGUAUACGUAUAUGGAUGUAGAGACUCUGUUCUGCAUGUUAAAGGUGAUAGCACGAAUCUGUGUGUUUCUCCACAACGCCGUUCUGUAUUCACAUUUUUAUUUCUAUCUCUUGUUUUUAUUUUUAUGCAAAGUUAAUUGGAUUCUUUUUCCUUCCAUAAUUUACAGGGAAAGUGAACAAUAUAACCGUUGACAAGUGUACGAAGAUGGGGAUUGUUUUCACUGUGAGCAGCAGAUACUGAUUUCUACAUCUGCAUCUUUUGGAUGCUAAAAUUACUUAUAAUGGCUUCUUUUCUAAUUAUGUUAUUGAAUCAGGAUGUUGUAGCUGCUUGUGAGGUCGUCAACUGCAGUGGUGUUGAGGUUCAGUGUCAGGUAUUAUAUGAGAGCAUUUGUUCGAAUAUUGCUAUUAUAGAAAAUCGCAGCUCCCUAUUUUAUUUUAUUUUAUAUAUUUUUCUCUCAACAUAGUCUCCAGUUUCCAUCCCACUGGAUCGCUUUGGAAGUAGAAGGGAUCUCUGCGCUCCUAUCUCUCUAUUUACCCCAUGCAUUUUCCUUCUCUGCACUCUGUCUAUUUUCCUGCAUAACCAGGAGAACAUAGAGAAAUGGAUUAGACAUGGAAGCUACAUGGGGAAGACGAGAGAGUAAGAUUUGAGUAGGUAUCCCUAGGAAAACAACAGGUUGACUUUCCCGCGGCGGUUCUUCAUAAAACGUACCAACUGAAGUUGGGUUGACUUUUUCUUACCUUAUCCAACACUUAUGUCAGAAACGGUAAUCUCGUGAAGGAAAAUCCUUCAUGACCCGAAUUACCGGACUUGAAGUGUUUAGUUUUGGAUAUUUUUACCCCAGUACUCAUCGUGGGUUGUGGACACAUCUAGGGGUCAGCGCCGACAAUAUCCGUGGACAACUCUGCGGGCUGCCAGCUGUACCUCGGUAAAGAAGCCCUGGGAGCAUCGAUCACCACGGCAAAGUCUAGUGAAGUCAACGUAAUGGUGCCGGGUGCGAGUUCCGAAGAUGACUGGGUAUGCGUCCACCCCCUUGUCGAAAGUAUUUUAUUAUUUAUUAUUUAAAGCCCACUUAAUGGAUCAAGGUCAACCCCUCCCGAGAGCUUGCAGAUAUGAUCGAUCACCUGGUGGUACCCUAAAUUCCCAUAUUUUUUUAUUUAUUAUUUAUCAUUUUUUCGAUUCGAUCCCUUUCCCAGGUGGAGCAUUCGCUGCCUCAGCAGUUCGUCCAUGCCUUCAAAGACGGCCAGUUCACCACGUCCCCCGUCUCCCAUUCCGGCGGGUAA